GAGGAUAUUUAUGUUAGUUCGACAGCGGCCCAAGGCUCAGUGUUUCGUGCAACCUGUGCACAGUGUGGUCUUCUGCUCCGCCCGUAAGGAUCCUGCUGUCUGUUAGUGAAACGUGCCAGUGUCAGUACCUCUAGCGUGCUCAACUAAAGCGUGUGUGUAACAGAGUUUUUGACAUUUUGCAACCAUGAAAUCGGCACUACUGCUCGGUACUGCAUUUCUGGUGCUGAUACUGGUGCUUGUGAUACCGGAAACGUACGGCAAUGUGCACGAUUUCGAUGGGAAUGAGCUGCACACGCCACCGUACGAUCGGCGUCGUCCAACAGGCCGCGAACAGGCCCCGGUUGGACGUGGGUUUACCGACAGUGCGCGCGAUAUUCUGGCCAGCCCGGCCGGUCAGCUAGCAGCGUACGUUGCCAAAGAGAUGAUCAGCCGCUCGGCAGGCAAUAGUCAGGUGCUCAGCUUGAACUUGACGAAUCUGCUGAUUCUGUUUCUACUGAAGGCGCUCAUCUUUGCCGCUGGUCUGAUCGGUGCCGGCAACUGGAGCCAGUAUGCGCGAGGCCGCAGCGAAGGUGGAGGCUUUUUGCUGCCAGGUGAAGCGAACCUCAUCAUCGGCUAUCUGGCGGCGGAAGGUUCCGGCCAGGACGGGUGCCUGAUGCGUUCGGCCUGCCGGGCGCCUCGCACCGCCGACGAGUACGCCCGGGCGGCCCAUGCCCUCGUCAAGGGAGCGGAAAUGUUCAGCCCGGAGGUGGCGGAAAACUACAACUACAAGCGCCUGCUGACCAACCUGGAUCGGGCGGCCAUGGAGGGGCUGCAGGGAGCGCCGUGCGAAAUGAUUUAUCCCUGUCAUAUUUGAGCCCGCCGAUCGAUCGCGGCUUCUGCCACCUUAGAUAAGUGUUUAGAGCUGUGCCGAGUCGGAGCAGCAGUUUAGCUGACAGUGACGUUUUGAUGAAUGAAAA